AUGGCUCCGACAAGCCGCAUCGCCUUUUUGGCGCUGUCUUUCCUCUUUUCAGGUCGAUUUGUAGCUGCUGACUGCGACAUUUCCGGCAAUUAUACAAUUAUCGAAUCACCCGACGACCAAGACGGAAUCUCAUCCUGUAAAGAUGUCGAUGGUUCUUUGUCACUCCUUUUCGACGAGAGUCCUUCUUCGUGGCCAUCCGAUAAGGCCUCAGUUGAUCUCGGCGAUAUUAGCUCUCUUACCGGCAGUCUGGUUAUCUACCCCCACCAUGACUCCAAGAAGACGGUAGUCACGGCGUCGAGUUUAAAGACAAUUGAUGGCGAGCUGACGAUAUGGAACACGGGCACGGGCAAAGACCACACGAUUGAGGAGUUUGAUUUGGUCUUCGACGCAUUGGAGGAAGUCGGCAAGAAUUAUGUCAUCACAAAGGCCUUCGCCAAACUCUCAAUUGAGCACAAGAAGGAUGUCGAGGUUGGCUCUAUGAUGAGGGUCACCGAGACCAAGGUGGAGGAGUUGCAACUCAACGGGGUGCAUACUGUGAAUGGAGACUUUUCAAUCGACACCAACAGAUUGAUGAAGGAAUUGGAUGUCACUGCUCUCACCUACGCGAACAAGGGCUUCAGCAUCAAGGGCAACUCGGCUCUUGAAAAAAUCUCGUUCCCCAAACUCAAGACGGUCAAGGGAAACCUGGAGGUUAACCAGAACGGCGCCCUGGCAAAGUUCCGAUUCGCUGCUCUCGAGUCAGCUGCAACUAUGGCUAUCACCGCCAACGGAGGGCCUGCUACCGUGCUGCUGCCGUGGCUGUCGAUGAUUGGAAACAGCACCACUACCGCGACCUCAAAUUUCGGAGGAAUAGAGAAGAUUGAGUUUUCUUCUUUGCGCAAGGUUAAAGGCUCAUUGACCUUUGAGACCAAUGCGUUUGAGGAUCUCACAAUUCCUCUGUUGAAGGAAAUGGACGGUGGCAUCACUGUGGAGGACAACCCUUCCCUAACGACAUUUGCUUUGCCGAGAGUUACAUAUAUCGAGGAACUGGAUAUUAGCGGCAACGACGAACUCAUCAACAUCACAGCGAACGCUCUUAAAUCUGCCGGUACCAUCUCGAUAAAGGGAUCUUUCACGAAUGUCGAAUUUUUCAACCUUGAGAAGGUCACGGGAGAUUUCAAGGUUGUUGGCGACAAGUCUAUGGACUGCAGCUGGUUUGACAACAAUAUCAAGAAAAUUGUGGUAGGAAAAUACACAUGUGUUGGAGAUCACGAUGAGAAAGAGAGGAAGUCGAGUACUAGUGGUAUAGAGGAUACUGAGGGUAACCCGGAAGACUAUAUGUCCGCCGAUGAUGACGAUGACAGCGAGGGAAGCGGCAGCAGCGGAAGUGGAAGUGGAAGCGGAAGCGGAAGCGGAAUCGAAGAUGGAAAAAGUGGCAGCUCGGGCAGUGAUGGUUCCGGUAGCGACAAGGGAGGUCUUUCAGCUGGUGCAAAGGCAGGCAUUGGAAUCGGUAUCUCCGUCACAGUCGUCUGCCUCAUCGUAGGAGCCGUUAUGUUCUGGCUCUGGCGCCGCCGCAAGACCACCGAGCCCGGCGAGAAACGUCUCGGCAGCAGCGGCAGCGGCAACUCGUCAAAAUCCAACAUUUUUGAUGGGCGACAGAUGGGUGUCCAGACCAAGAUCGUAGCCAACAACCCCAGCCCGUCGCCGAGUCUUGGAACAAUGAAUUUCGGGCGCAACUCGCUCAUCGAGACGACCGGAGGCUUCAUGGAGAAGAGCCUUGAUAAGUGGAAGACGAUCCGGAGAGUGAGUGUUUCUUCGGGAGGUUCGUCGACUGUCAAGGAGGGGACGAGUAUUCUCAAGGGUUGA